AUGGAAGGAGCCAAAAGGCAAAGUUUGGAGGAAGACACUGAAGGACAGGCCACACAUACAGGACCCAAAGGAGUAAUAAAUGAUUGGAGAAAGUUUAAAUUGGAGAGUGAAGAUAGUAAUUCAUUCCCACCCAGCAAGAAGGAGAUUCUCAGACAAAUGUCUUCUCCUCAGAGUAGAGAUGACAAAGACUCAAAAGAAAGAUUCAGCAGAAAGAUGAGCAUUCAAGAAUAUGAGCUAAUCCACAGAGAAAAAGAAGAUGAAAGUUGCCUUCGUAAAUACCGUAGGCAGUGUAUGCAGGAUAUGCACCAGAAGCUGAGUUUCGGGCCUAGAUAUGGGUUUGUCUAUGAGCUGGAAUCUGGGGAGCAAUUCCUGGAAACCAUUGAAAAGGAGCAGAAAAUAAUCACAAUCAUUGUUCACAUUUAUGAAGAUGGUAUUAAGGGCUGUGAUGCUCUAAACAGUAGCUUAAUAUGCCUUGCAGCAGAAUACCCUACGGUCAAGUUUUGUAAAAUAAAAGCUUGUAAUACAGGUGCUGGGGACCGCUUUUCCUCAGAUGUACUCCCCACACUGCUCGUCUACAAAGGUGGGGAACUCAUAAGCAAUUUCAUUAGUGUUGCUGAACAGUUUGCCGAAGAAUUUUUUACUGGGGAUGUGGAAUCUUUCCUGAAUGAAUAUGGGUUACUACCUGAAACAGAAAUGCAUGUCCUAGAGCAGAGCAACAUGGAAGAAGAUAUGGAAUAAAGAUUCACUAUGUCAGUGUCUCAUAUUUCUCCUUUAAGCAUUGAACACUGAUUUUGGUAGUAUUUAUAUUCCUUUAGAGAACACCAAGUGUAGCAAUGGCUGUUCUAAUUUGGGGAAAAAAAAAUAACCCAGACUGACACUAAAAUUAUAUGAUUAGCAUUUCUUAGUAUUAGUUACUCAAAUUGAUAUAAUGCUUUACUUCAAAACAUUGUAGUCUUCAGUAAUAUUUUAGUAGACAAAGAGGAUAUGGAUAAUAUUG